CGCACAGAACGGGAAGGUUGAAAAACCGUGAUCACUAGUACUAGUACUACGCAGAAAGAGCUGGACAUUUCAACGAAGACCUCGCUACAUCUUGAUAAACAAGAAAAAAAGUUUUUGAAGGAAGUCGGUGGCCUCAAAUUUGCAACAAUGGACUUUUCAGACCAAUAUGUAUUGGGAGAUCUGGGAGGUACUGCAUUCAAAUUUGUGGAACAAAUUGCCUUUUUAUUUAAAUGCGUAUCAGUAAAACAUUUCCAUUAAUUCAAAUGUAAAAGCUUCACAAUUUUUUCUGCACAUGCAUGUUCUUGUGUUAUCUGGCCAGAAGAAUGUCAUUACGAUUUUGAUACUAACUUGAAAAAUUAUAUUAAUAAUGCUGUCCUGAACGCCAGGAAUUAUUAUAUUUGAAACUAUCAAAGAUAUUGGUGCUAUUGAUUUGCUAAUUUUGAAUACUUCUUGUGCAUGCUGGCGUGGGACUGAUCUUUCACACGAUAAACUGAUGCGCAUGCAUGCAUGUAUGCAUGCAGAUAGACAAGUUGUUUCGAGGCACAUUUAAUUAAAAACAAACUUCAUUUUCACAAAUUAUAUUCAUUUAUUUAGUAUUAUUUUUUAUGCACUGUGUGGUCAUAUAGUUUAAUUAUGUAUGGCAUAUACGUGCAUGCCUUUACGGUACAUGGAGUGCUUAAAACGAAUCUUAAAUAAUUUGUUAAUAAUCUUUCGAUUUUGAGUCAAAACAAGACGACACACUUCUCAGUGCAUGCAUGCUUGUUAAAAUGGACAACUCAACUAUAAAUGUAAAGGCACUAUACUUACUAGCUCUGUAAUUUAAAUGUGAAAAUAACUAUCAACAUAAUCCAUUCAUGGUAAUAAAUUUGGAUGAAGUCAGUCUGAAAAUAUUUUGUUGAUCAUCUUCAAAAUUUCACUUCACUUAUAAUCAACAACUAUAUAUAUAAACGACUGGAGAUCACGGUAGCAACUGAUAAAGUUGAGCAAUUUGGCUCAAUCUUAAUCUAUACAUUUUAAGACCAUCGAAGAGUUAACGUAAACGAAAAUUUAAAUCUGCGAUAAUUCCAACCGAAGAUUUUUACCUUGUAUGGACUGUUUUGGGGGUGUUGCUGCAUGCAUAAUACAUGCACUGGUAAGUAUACUUCCUCCUCCUCGUCUGGUUAUAACUUUGCCUAAAGAAUCAUGAUGAGACGAGUAUUUCUAAUUGAGUUUCUUUGGCAGGGACUCUAGAUCUAGUUAUGCAUGUAACCUCCUUUUAAUUGUAGGACAACGAUUCAUUGAAAAAUACCCAAGGAAGUUUCGUCUCUACAAUGCAUGUCGGGCGAUUCUUUUUUUAUUAUUUAACUACUGUUUAUUGAAGCAUUAUAUAUGUGUGUGUGUUAUAGAUAUGAAGUGUUCAUAAUUUUUGCAUUACGCGAGUGGGUGGAAGUAUUUUGGUAAUGUUCCUAAGAUGAACGCAAAGAGCGGAAAAAGAUAAUCUUAUUUUAUAUAUACAAUAUAUACACAUUAUGAUACAUGUAUACCAUUGACUGUUUGACCUACUCCAGUAGAUCAUAUUAAAGUGUUUGUGUGAUGAAUGCCAUGCAUGCAGUCAUGAAAAUAUAUGCUGAAUUAAUCUGGUAGUCAGUUUUACUGGAUGAUGUAUUGUUCUGUAUGUCAGUUUUAUGAAUAUUUGAAAGAAGGAAACUUUAUACUAUGUAAACGAAAACAUCAUUUUGAUACACCUUGUCUAUAGUCUUGAAGACGUUAGUAAAUACGAGAAGAAACAUUUCCGCAUGGUAAGAGAAAUGCAAAGCAAUUAGAGUACAUUGUGUCAUCAGUGUAGUCGGUAUGUUUACUACUUUGAUCUGCUUAAAGCACGCAACAUAAUUCUUAAAUAAAUAAAUACCAGCAACAAGCUUUCGUUGGUAAGGAUGCAACUACCUGAAAAAUACAAAGCGAAAUUCGACGUUUCGAGUGAAAGUCCUUCAUCGGGAAGUUAGUCGGGAAGAACGAAGGCCUGUUAUUAUUGGCUCUACCUACACUGGCACAUGACCAUUCGUAAAUAGAUACCCAAUGUUUGCAAGGUAUAUUAUAAACGUUUCUUUAUUAUAAAAAUAUAGGACCAGCAAUCUGUACUGAGUCAGUUAAUAUAUAACUGCAACAUUAAGGAAUAUAUAUAUAUACAGUCCUUAUAUAUAAGUAUUCAAUGGAUACCCUGUAUAGUGAAUGAUGUCCAAGUUUAAAAAGUUUAUAUGGUGCAAAAUAGUCUCUUACAUAUGCGAACUGCAAAAUAUAGGCCUAAAGCAAAGUUUAUACCCGCAAAAAUAUAUAUUAAUCUGAUUAAUGCAGUUCGUCGACCAAAAUUAUAUAAAUGUAAAUUACUAAAUAAUUAUAGAGUUUGAACAUUUUAAUUCUAUCGCAGUUCCAAUAAUAUUAACCUAAUGUUCCUAACCUGUGGUAAUUACACUAGAAACGAUGCAUUCAUGGUGCUUACAUGAAACAAACCAUGUUCAUUUGCUUUUGAAUUUUUAAUACCUCACUUGACACAGCCGCGUGCAAGUUCAGUUGAAAAGUGCAUGGUAAAUAAGUUAAAAUAUACUGUGCAUACUGUGCAUCAGCAGAAAAUUAAAGUACUUGAAUAUAGCCCAAUCAAAGUUUUCAAGACGAAAUCCAAACACCGACACUCACUCACACUCACAGACGUCAAUGUAUACUGACUCAUCUCUUCGUACACUUGGGUUUAUUGAUAUAGUUCGGUCUACUUUGGCCAACUUGUUCUCGGCGGAAGGAUUUUGCAGUUGAAACUAUUGCCAAACCGCAUUUUGUUUUCUCCUAUAGAGCUGAAAUAUGCUCCGGCCGAAAGAGGUAUUUCCUGAUAGAUAUUUCAGAUUAUAAUUGGACAAUGAACACACAAAUAUUACUCCUUACAUGUUAGAAAUUCAGUGGUGUGAGAUAGGUAGUUGACUUAAUGUAGUUAUCGGCAGUAGUUAAAGUAGCCCAGAAAACCUUCGAGGUGACAUGCAGUUGUCGAUUAUUAUAAAUUUUAAGCCAUUUAAAUGAGUUAUUGAUGCUUAAUUAAGUCAAGAGCAUCUUACCAACAUAAAUACUAUUAACACGAUUUAGCUCAACAGCAAAAUAUUAUUUUAGCAAUUAUUGUUGAAUGAGGUUGAGCAUGACAUGAAUACAUGAAUUUGUCAACUGAAACCGAAGUUUUAUUUUUCCGUUUCAUGAUCAAAGCUGAAAGUUUUAUUUUUUUUAAAUAUGUGAAAGACAUCCACGUCUGUCAGUUGAACAAUAUUCUUCAAAAUAAUGACGAAUUCGCCACUCUCUCCCAUUUGCAGGAAGUGUGUCCUCUUUUCCUUUUAAAUAUAAUGUAUAAAAGUAAUUCAGAGCCUUUCGUCAAACAUUUUGCUGUCAUUUAGUCAUUGUUAUUGUAAAUGUUUGUAAAAUUAUAACGCACUACUGACGUCAUAACUCCAUAUUUGGUCAGCUAUUGUGUUGAUAUGACGAUUUCACCUUUGACUGUUAGCAAUAAGAAAUCAUAACAUAUUAUAAUUAAGUAACUAGAAAUACAUGCAUCGAGCAACCCCUCCCCUGUAUCUCCUAACAUUAAUUAAGAUGAAGUAUUAGUAAUUCGCCACAAGUUUUUGCCAUAGCAACAACUAUUUUUUAUAUAUUUUUUUUACAAAAUAAUUUUGCAUUUUGUGAGCAUUAUACAAAUUGAUUUAAAUGUAAAAUUUGAUCUGAAACGCUACGUAAAAUGUUUUGAAAUGUUCAUUCCGGCAACUAAACUGCUUUUGCAAGAAAACUGUUUUUAAAUUCAGUAAUAAAACAAAAUAAGUUCAAAAUAUUGAGUAACUUACAUUUCAUUUUUUCGCUGAUACUAACAGGGUAAUUCAGGAAACUUACAGCUACAUUGAAAAUUAAAGGCUGAAGCCGUGCAUGUUUUACGCAAAAAAUUAAAGCAACAAAAUUCAUAUAAACAUUAAACAUUGAAGGUUUUUCCACAGUAUAAAUCAAUUAUUGAUGAACGUGAUAGGCUUUGCUAAUGUUUUCUAUCCCCGGGUGUAAAUAUAGCGGAGCGGAAUUAGUACCGUCGAGGAUGUUCAUUUAUGACGGGACCGCACAAAAUCAUUGUCAGAAAGUAUGCUUUAUUUAAUUCACUGUAAAAUAUAGCCUACAUAUUUAAUUCACUGAAUUAAUUCACUGCUUUUUUAGAUUUAUGGAAUCCCUCAAUGAACGAGUACGAUGUGUCUUCUUCCAUGGGGCCUAUAACUACUGAUGUUCAGUUCCUAAAUAUUGAUGAUUCAACAGUUGUUUUUAAGUAUCAAUCCCGGGUGCGAAAGGAGGCUAAACAAAGGUUGAAAAAUGCUGAAGUUCAAAUUUUGGUGACGUCACCAUAUGAUGUAAAGACAAUUAAAGUAUGGGUCCAACGAGAGGAGAAGGCUGCUGAUUUGUUCGUUUAUAACGUUGGUCGUGUUGAAUUUGCCGCGCGAGAUAUCGUAUUUAAAGGGACACAACUUUUGGAAAAUGGUUUUGGAACAAAGGUAUGCAAUAAUAAAUGAUAACACAACAACCUAAUGACAUAAGGCAGGCCAUUAGAAAAGUUAUGGGGGGGGGGGGACUUUUUUAACUUGUACGAAUAUUUUUUUUAAAUGUUUUACUUGUGUCGAUAAUUUUUUUAAAUGUAAUCCCUUGCACGAAGUACGAAGUUGUUUUUUAUUUCAACUUAUAAUUUUCCCUAUUGAAAAGUCGCACGAAUUUUUUUUUCAAACAUUUUGGUGCACGAAUUUUUUUUCUUUCUGUUUCCCCUGCGCGAUUUCUAUUUUUGCUUUUCCCUACCCUACCCCCCAACCCCCCCUCCCAUCACUUUUCUAAUGAUUCGCCCCUAACAAGGUUCCCGUUCGCGUGGUAUUAGGGAGCUCAGAUUGAUAGGUCCAGAUACAUAAAUGUGAUCAUGUUUAUUAAGCACAGUGUCGUGUUUUUUCUUUUAUAUAAAGUUAUUAUCAAAUACCAAACUUAUAUGUUAUUAAUCCCUGUUUUGGAGUCCAAUUUCUAUCGCAUUUACAUGUAAUUCGUUCAAUUUAAUACUUGUUAGUUUUGUUCGAUGGAAUUUGAAGCAGUUUUCUGCGCCAAGUAUAUAUGAUACAAAUCUCGUCAAAUACUUCAACAUCGUCGCACAUUACGCCUGCUGUGUUGGAUAAAACCAUUCAUGAAACGUCCAUUUCUAGUCUCAAAUGAACUGAAAAUCAGCAGCAUUAACCCACAAAUUCGAUGGGAAAUUGGAGUAUAAAACAGGCACUAUAUUUAUUAGGCUAUAAGUUCGCCGUGUUCAUGAACAUAUGCUUUCUAUAUAUACUGCAUGUGAGAUGAACUUAUCAAGAAAAAAUACAUUAGCAUUCAUAUAGUAAUUAAAAAGUUACUUCUUGGCUGCUUAUACAAAUUAAGAAGCAGAAGAUGGUUGUUUUGCACUAAAAGACAAGCAAAUCAUAGCAUAUAAGGUAACGUGUAUAUAAAGCGGCUGAAAUUCCAACGAUCCUGCUCAAAAAAUGUAUACUCAACAAUUCCAUCUGUCUUCGUGUCACAUUUUGUGACAAGUAUAUAACAGCAGGCUUAUUAUUAAAAUGCGGUUUAAAUUUUGUUCCCAACCAUUAAACGUCUUCGGAUCAUAUUUUGUAGUCGUUUUUGCUCUUCGAGGAAAAAAUUUCUACAAAAUUUCCCUGAAACUUUGGAAAACAAACGUUUUCUCCAAUAUUUUUCUCAACCCUGGUCCGCUACAUAAUGAUCCCGGCCUGGUUGAGUAUCCAAUUAGAAUGCUGGAUUUAUAAUAGACCCUCAUGGUAGGGUGUAUAUACUAACAAGUAUUCACCCCUAGGCCAAUGCUAUCUGCACGUGCCGACAUGUUUUAUUACGCAUAUAAGGAAAAUAAGUUUUAAUCCUUGGAAAAACUGAUUAUUGUUUUUCUUCACCAGUAACUGAAGAAUCAAUAGACAUGUUUAGUAUGAAUAUCGAUAACAAACUUACUAUUUUGAUAACCAUAAUAAAACCAUUUGCAAGAAAUAGAUCAACAACCAGCUUAGUGUCAUGCCAAGAUUCCAUGCAGAUAUUCAUUUCCAGGGAUACAGCUCCUUUAAAGCUGUAUAAGGCAUUUAUUUUUCCGAUUUUUUUCGACUGUACCAUGGCAUUUUUGUGGUACACGUACAUGCCUUACAUUCUUUCUCAGAUUUAAUAGCAGCCAGACACUUACAGAAACACAAAUUUUCUAGACUUUAAACGAAGCGUUCUAUACAAUACGAACCUUCUCAAUAAAUUUUAAAUAGUGUUAAUCAUUAUUUAAUUUUAUAGUUAUUACUUUACUUUCUCGGAGAGAUUAGCUAUGUAAGUAAGCUCCUCUACGGAAAUACUCUCUUUUUAAAAAAUGGUUUUAAAACGGAUCCGUAAGUUAUCUUUUUCUCUUCAAGUAUAGUGAGUUCAAGAUAUUCUCUUUGAAAACUGCAUGAUUUAAUUGGCAUGAUCAUAAACUUUCACCAACAUUUCAAGAUUACUUGAUUUCGCAAAGAUUAUAUAAUUAAUAUAAGUCUCAUCACAUUGUUUCCUCUUUUCCAAUCUACAGAGUUUAUAUGAAAUUGACCUGGAUUCAAUAUACUACGAUAAUCCGUAUGAUAAACGACCUGUUUACAAAUUGGCCAAGACAGACAUGUUAAACCGGAAUCGAUUUCAGGUUGUGAUACAAGUUGUGUUCCGGGAUAAUAGCUUGAGUAGCGAGUUCGUCAGUUCUGCCUUCUACUGCUGCACACAGCCUAAGAGCGGUACGAAAAGAAAAACGCGAUCCACCGAUGGUACGUACAAGCCAAAAUAGUUAAAAAGUAAUUACAAAAAUAAUAAUCACUGAAUUCACUGAAACUGGAAUUUCUGUUAAUGUUUGCACUCGAGAAAACAAUUUUGUCUUUAUGUUUCCCCUUCAAUGAGAUUCGAUGGAAAAUAAUUGUUAUUUCCCCAAGGAAGAAAAGUGCAAUGUUCCAAUUACAUUAAAAGUUAUGCGCAAAAUAGUUUCGUUACUCGACUGUACUCGAGUAUAAAAGUCGCAGAAUAAUUAUAUUAAUAUCAAAUAGGUAUAGUAACUAUAUAGACGUACUACAUAUGCUGUGCUGGUUUGUGUGGCCGUAGGGCGUAGGCAAAUGCAUUAUGUAUCCCGUUGUCAGUAAAUAGGAAAAAUUGUUGCCCGCUCAGGCGGGCUGCACACACAUGCAAAUGGAGAAAAUGUAACGAAAUCAUAAUAAUUUUUCAAGAAAAUGAACCCAAUAAUAAUUUUCCAAAUCUAUCAAAAGAAUACAAUUGAGAGACUGUUCUUGUUCAUGGGUUUUUUAUUGUUAAUUUUAACGAACUUAUUAAAGUGAAGAUAGAGUUCCCAGUAAACGAAAAGGAGUCUAUAUAUAGGAUGUAUAUCAAAUGAUAUAGUUCGCGAAAAAAUAUGAUUUAAAUUGAAGUGACAGCUGCUAGCUGGAAAAUAACAAUUGUGAAUGAAAGGCGGCGAUACAUGCAUGAAAUUAUUUUGUCACCAAAAUGAGAAGAAUUGGAACUAAGAUUCAGUACAUAUGAGUGAUAUGACUAUUUAGUAUUUUGGGCUGGAAAUAAUUAAGAGUUUCAAAUAAAUAAGACAAUCCAAUAUUUUUCAAUUGGUUUCACGCAGUUCUUACAACAUUUUAAUUGUCUAGUGUCAAGGCAAAAACAGCGGUGACAUGGAAAUUCAAGAAUCUCGAGUGAACUAUAUAUUAGCACAAUUGCAGCGCAUUAUUAAACAGCUGCAGCAAAAUAGUUGUGCAAUCCGAUUUUUGAUACACCCUGUAUUAUUAACCAAUGUAAUUUAAUUAUAGACGAAAAGGCAAAAGCAUCUAUAGUAUCCUAUAAUUGUUGUAAUGUUUUUAAUAUAAUCUUUAUCUAUUAUUUAUCAUGGUAUAAUUAUAGGUGGCAAGCAAUAUGGAAAAGAAUGGAAUGACCCUGAAUUUUACAGUGGGUGAUUUUCUCUAUUAUUUUCUUUACGACCACGAUUUUUCUCACUUUGUUAACUUAAAAUUAAUAGCACACUUCAUUAAAUCUUAAGUAUUUCAUUACAUCUCUGUUCACUUCACUAUAGCUUCACCAUAUAUUUUCCAAUUAAGCUAGGAAACCGUUCAUUAUACUUUACUUCAACUCUCGACUUUUUUCCUCUUGAUCAUUUCACUUAUCCCAACUUUAUUAUAAACUCAUUUCAUUUUACUUCACUUCAAUUUAUUUCACUAAAUAUUGGCAAUACAUUUUUAUUUAGUUAACUAUAUGACUAGUAUACUUGAACAACAAAUUAAUUAAUUAGAACUUUUUAAAGAAUACUGCAUGAUUCCAUGCAAACGCAAAGCAAUUACCCAUUUAUUUUCAUAUUCAAGAAAGAGAAGUGAAAUUUUGACCAAAUGCAUUCUCUUAUAGUGUGUAGUCUAUAGUUUUGAGCACCACAAAAGCAACGCUAGCUAGCUCAUAACUCCAAUAUAGAUUCAUCCAGAAUUUGCUGGUUGGCAUUGAAAGCUACAAUCUUGGCCAAAAACCUUACAACGAUCAUGGUUUUUCUCAUUUUAUAUCACUUCCUUCACCCCCCCCCCCGCAUUCAAUGUUGUUUUACGUGACUGUAAUAGCUGAAAAUCUGGCACAACAAUGUCGUUACAGUAUCAACAUUGAAUAGAGGGUGCGCCGGUGCGGGGGGAGUUCUCAUUAAAUUACAAGCACACUUGUAAAAUGUAACAAAAAUAAAUUUAGGGAAAACUAGUGCAAAUUGUUCAGUCGUUCUACGGCCAAGAUUGUAUAGUUAUUUAUAAUGUUAUAUUUAAUUAUUAUUGCCAUGCCUAUACAUAGAUGUUUUAUUUGUAUAUAUUUUAAAACGGCUAAGUCGAACAACAUUUAUUAUAGACCUGCAACUUUUAUUGCUCAUGCACAUAUUUUUUACGCUUGCAAGGCCACUUACCACAUUUUCACUAAAAUAAUAGCAAAUUUAUACUAUUCGUCAAUGAUGUAGUGCUUUCCUUGUUAUUAUAUAGAUAACAGUCAAGUAAUUGAUUAUUUCGAGGCUAAUGAGGCAGUAAUUGGUAACUUGGAGGUUAAAGGUACUCUGCAGAGUCCAAAGAUGAAGGCUGAUAUCGCAUAUCACUUUGAUGUGAAUCACUCAGAAUUCCAGAAAACGUUGACUGAGGGAGAUGUUGUCGGCCUGAACACCAACGCGGAUGGCGAAACCUCGAUAAUUGAACUGUCUUCAAAAAAUAUGCGCACCAUUAUCCAAGCAGGCGUCAUAAGUCGUUCUGCGUUCUUUGAAGGAAAUAUCCCAGCAGAGAAAGGUAGUAGAUCAAGUUCGGUUAUAGACUUGACAGCAGUUAUGCGUAAUAUAUAUAUUGUGCGUAAUAUAUAUAUAUAUAUAUAUAUAUAUAUAUAUAUAUAUAUAUAUAUAUAUAUAUAUAUAUAUAUAUAUAUAUAUAUAUAUAUAUAUAUAUAUAUAUAUGUAUAUAUAUAUGUAUAUGCUAUGUAGCUGCUUCAUUUCUUCAAAUUUCCUCAGAAUAUAUUCGUCCAGUAACAGUAAUUCUUGUAUAUUUUGAGUUGAUUUUGUAUGAAAGUAGCAAAACGAGCUCGUGUUGACAAACAAAGUCUGAGGCUCUCCACUCCUUCAGAGUUGUAAAUCCCGUUUCGCGGCGUUAUAAAGCCAUAAUACUCCAAAUUUUUUGCUACAAAUUCUUCUUAUAUGCUUCUAUCUGGCAAAAAACGCGAAAAACUACCGUCUGUAAUACAAAUCUAUACAAAAGUGGGGCCCCAGAAUCGAGUGGCGGCUGGUGACUUCCGGCUUCACUUUUGUAUACUAUAGAUGCGUUAUCGAGUCUUUUAUUUCAGAUCAGUGAUCUUGACUCUUUUACGAGUUACAGGAACAAUCGCAAUUGCUCAACCGUUAUUGAAUUUUUUAACAAGGAUCCUACUAAAAAUGUCGAUCUAUAGUGACUAUAUACCGGCCGGAAAAUAUGGUAUUUUAGCGAAUCAAAAACCGUGACGUGACGUGCAUUGUCGUGAUGCAAAUAUGUCUUUUCCCAUCUUCUCAUGCAGACAUGUUAUCUUGGGAAGCAUGCGCGAAAAAUGCAAAAUAUUAUAAGCUGUAGAAAUGAUUUUUCUCUUAUUUUCUAAUAUGACAUGUAAAACGUAUCGGAGAACAAAAAUAUAAAAAAGGUAGGGUCACGAACCUUCUUAAAGAGGGUUAAACAUGCAACAUAAUGUGGUUUAGUGUUAAUUAACACCGCGGAAAAAUGUCUGCUCAUGCGUCUACCUUACUUGUAAUAGUAUUGCGAACUUGAUGAGAAGCUGUUCCGAACGUUUCCGAAGGCUCAAAAUGGCGGUAAAAAGGAGUGACUUCAUUGUGCGUCUUUACAGCAAGAUUUCGAGCGCAAAAAUAAACAUGUCAUUCUAAAAACUAGGAAUAAAUACAGCCAGAAGGUUCAAGAAAUUGUAUUGUACAAGAACAUGAACUAAAGGUGAUUGUUGACAAAUUUAUCGUCCUGAAACAUUUUGUUUAUCAACUAAGCAACGAUAAUUUCCGAAUUUUCGUUUGAGAUACAUUUCUUUAAAAAAAUACUGUGUCGCCAAAUAUAAAAAAUUUUCGUGUUCACAAUAAUUAAACUUUAGAAUUUAUUCUACAAUUAGAGUUGGUUAAGAAGGUUAACUUUUCGAGAGUUUUCUUAACUUUUGAGUUUGAAUUUUUGUUUUGAAUAAUUUUGCAAAAAUUUUCGAAGUCGUGUCCGUUAAAAUCAACAAUUUUUUACAUGAAUUAUAUUUCAUUCCAUACUUUAAAUGCCAGGACGCUUUCAAUUAAUGUCUAGUCUACCCAUUUGCUAUAUUUUCUCGUUUGUUUUACUAAUUUUUGACCAAUUAAUUAGCAUGUUUUUGUUUUAGAAAUUGAUAUUCAAAUUCCCCGCCAUAUUUUCAUAAUUUGGUGCAUGCGCAGACGUUUUUCCGCGGUGUUGUGUUAAUUGCACAGGAGCCCUAGCUAGAGUUCUGCCAUUUUUGAAGGUAUUAUAUUUCCUGGAUCACGCCUAAUCAGUGCAAAGUAUUUUUCUUUUGGCCCUUACUCUUUCUUCAUCACUUUACAUUGCAGUUCGACAGACUACUACAUAUAUUAGCAUUAAUUUGUCAUUAGGUAUGCGCAGUAAAAGUGUGCAAUGUAAAGCUGAUGAAUCACCUUAAUUAAGAAGUUAUUUUGAAAGUCACAUCUUCCAAUAGAACUCGUUGUAAUCAACUUAAUUUCCACCUUCUAAAAGACAAGAAUCAUCAUGCUUCCCGAUUCAACAUAUUAUUAAUAAUGACUCCGUAAUUUUUUUCAGCAGUAAGCACAGAUAAAAUCUGCGUAAUGGGAAUCGUUAGAGUAAAAGUGGUUGGGAAUGUAAGGAAUGGUGAAAGGGUGUACGCAUCCACAAGCUUUCCUGGUAGAGCAGUCGCCGAAUCUCACUCGCUGCACGUUGACGACGAUAUACUAUUAGGCAUAGCGAUGGAGAGCUCCGAUGGGAAGGACCAUCAAGCUGAAACUCUUGUACGUUGUUUUGUUUCAUUCUUGUGUGGUAUAAAUGCAGGUUAUUUCUCCCAAAAGGCACACGAUCUUGAAAUACGGACUGAUGCCAACAUUGAAAAAGUCGUCCAUCAAAAAUGGAAAGGUGAGAAACAAAUUUAUGAAAAAACUGGGACUUUCCUCUCACCCUGCUGCAGCCCAACUUUAUAUUAUUUAAUACUAUCAUUGUUAACAACUGGACUUUGAUUAUUUUACUGCAUGUGGCCGACACUAACAGAUUUGCUCCAAGUCCAAGUCUUUGCCGUGAGUAAUUAUAGUUCGAAUAACAUGAGGUAGCGGCGCAAGUGAUACGAGAAAGAAAGACUUUUAUUCUGUUCAGAAGGAAAUAAUUAAUUUGUCAAUUAUGAAUAUAGAAGCAAUUUCGUUCUCGCAUCCCUUUCGCCACUACGUCAUGUUAUGGCACAUUAUGGUGGGGCCACACACAAUUGCUGGAAAGAGAGACUUCGAGCAACUCUAACCAACAACAUCAGAUUGUGUUGCCAAAGCUAUAACCUUCAUGGUAAACAAAGCUGAAUAAAUUAUUAACUACAUACCAUGCAACGGCCGGGGCAUGCUCAGGUCAAUAAAUCGGCUCGCUCUGAUUAAGUUUAUUUUCGUUUUCUAGAGUUGAAAAAGAUGGUUAUGCAUUGGUUCCUAAUUUUUAUUUUCUUUACAAUAUUGCUCUGCAUCGUUCUUUUCGCAUCCAAUUAUUUCUCGUAAAUGCAUUAUUCUAGUUGUAUAUAAUUAUAAUGUAUAAUAACGCUGCUUUUACCUAACUUUUUCACAUUUCAGUUGAGACACUACAUAUAUCUUGGUAUUUUUUAAUCUUGAUUCUUGAAUGUGUAUAGCUUAAACGUAGUGAUUACAGUAGAAUCUCGCUUAUCUCGAACAUCCCGCUAUUACGAACUUAAACCCAUUGCCCGUUGAUUUGCUCAAAAUAUUUCAAUCAUUUUUACCGGUUAUAAUUAAUAUUCUCGCUUCCUUAUAACCUUCACUGUUAUAACUAUAAUGUCGUUUCCUUUGACGGAGAUUUAUCCGGUUAUCUAUAAUGACUUAAAUAAAUUCAAUUUGCUGUUUUUAUCAGGGAAUUGUACAUGCACGUAAUAGACACGUUUUUGACGACGGGGACGCCAACUGAAAGUCAAUUGGGCGGUUAUGGAUUGCGAGUGAUGGCACCAGCAGUUUUUGUUUGAAAUAAAGAACGUCGACAGUUAGUGUAGUUUCACGCUCGUAAUUUCAAAUAAGAACGGCUGUCUCCAACACUCACCAUCUAAAACGGUUCGAUUAACUUCUGGUUGUGGCGUCCUUUUUGUCAAAAAGGUCGCUUGUUCAAGCUUCUAACUGAUUAAUUUUGCUGCGCAAACAUGAAAGGAAAACGAGCUAGAAUGCAC